ACCACCCCUUCUCCAUCGUCUGCUCCCCAUAACAGCAUAACUAGUUCUUUAAUAAGUUAUCGUAAAAAAGAAAUUCUUUAUAGCCAUAAGACUUAAAAAUGGGUACUGUGGAGGCUCCAACAGCAUCAUAUUCAUCACUUGCACAGCGCUCACCGUGGCAUUCUCCGGUGCCGUACCUCUUCGGAGGAUUGGCAGCCAUGUUAGGGCUCAUUGCUUUUGCUCUCUUGAUCCUGGCCUGCUCAUAUUGGAAACUUUCCGGCUACCUCGAGAACCAGGGAGAAACCGAGAGGGAUCUUGAGGCAGGGGAGGUCAAUGGCAGCGGCGAUGGCUCAGCUGAUGGCAGCCUAAAGGCUGCACCACCAAUUCUUGAAGAGAAGUAUCUAGUGAUCAUGGCCGGCCAAGAAAAGCCAACUUUCUUGGCCACUCCUAUGUCCAGUAAAGCAUCAUCUUUUGGCAAUAAAAGUACAAGCACUACUAGUAGUAAAUCUACAGAGGAAGAUAAUGAAGAGAAGAAGCAGCAGAAAAACGGUGGAAAUGUAGAAAUGGGGAACAUGGAGAGCCUUUAUUUUAUUUUUAUUUUUGCAGAGACCUUUGCUGUCUCGGCUGCGCUACAAAGAAGUCGAGCACUCGUCUUUGAGCAACUUAUUGCUUAGAUACUUUCAAAAGUAUCCUGUCAACAUUUUGUGGGUUAUUUAUUUUAUUAAGAUUUGAGUAGGAAUUUUGAAAUUGUAAAUAAUUCUUGGAGAAAUUAAGAGUGUUUGGAGAAAAUUCCCAUUCUUUGUUCAUCAA